AUGGCCGCCCUCUGUCUCAGUUCACAGCAGAUCGCAUCUUCAUCUGGUCUGAUCCCCCAACACCGACACACUUCUUGGCAACCUCCAAAACAAGGUACAAUAAAGAUCAAUAUGGAUGCUGCUUUUGUCAGCCCUAAUCAUACAGGUGCAAUUGCCAGUAUAUUUCGAGAUCACACGGGCAAGAUGCUAGACGGAUUCACACUCACUGUUCCCGCAUUCACCGCAACUGAAGCAGAAACUCAAGCCCUUCUACAAACGCUCAAGCAUCUCAUCCAUCAACAGCAAACAGAUUCUCACCUGCAACUCGAAUCCGACAGUUUAAUCCUCGUCGACAUAGUGAAUAGCAGUCGUUUGCCUCCAUGGAGCUGUCGAGCCCUCUUCGCCGAAAUCGAUUCCCUUCUGCUCUGUUUUCCUCAUCUCUCUCUGCAUCACUGUCCACGAGAGAGCAAUGCCCUCGCUGACUGGGCCUGCAAGGCCCACGGAAGAGGCCUCCUUCCCCUUAAUUGGGCUCUCAAACUCCGCGUGCAAUGUAUGAUUUAA